AUGACAGCCGUCCGCUAUAAAGAUAUCUUUACAGGACAUGUCUUUCUAGACGAACACUAUCCAUUCCAGGAGGACGCCGAAAAGGGUGUAUAUGUUGUUCGCGGUAAAUUUAAAGCUAUAUUCCAUGAAGAUCUUCCCCCAGAUAAUCCAAAUAGUGUAGAGGUUGCAAUUAAUCUCGUUCGCGAUUUCAAACUUGUAGAACUUAACUGGACAAAAGAUAAACUUAUAUUGUGGGCUAAGGACUACGUACAGAUGAUUAAACAACAACAUCAGAUGAAUACAAUCGAACAGAGUAAUCCUUUCGUCUUAUCAUUUGCCCAUCUUGUUCGCUGGGUCUCUGCUAAGUUCAGAGAUUUCCACUUCUAUAAGCCACCGGGUGAGCAAACUCAGACUGUUAUCUUCUGCUCAUUCUUAGAAGAUCAGAUCACACCUGUCUUCUGGUAUCCAAAGUGGUCUGUUGAACGUGAAGAGUAA